CUUGAGUAGUAGAGGCACACAGACCUGGUUCAGUUCAGGAUAAGAAAAGAGAUAAGAAAAGGAAGAAGACGAAGAAGGUCUUAUCCAUGGCGCAAGAAACAAAACCGAACGCUUUGAAAACUACGAUCGUUGUGUUAGGUGCCCUAGCUGCUGGAUGGGCCGCCAUUGAACUCGCUUUGAAGCCGUGGCUAGAUGGUGCUCGAGCUGCUAUAGACAAAUCUGAUCCUGCCGUCGAUCCAGAUGAAAUCAACAAGCCAGCAGGUCACGAUUCGCCGCCUGAAGUCGCUGAGGCUGUCGAAGCAGCCACCGCCGAUGCCGUCGAAGCCGCCGGUGAAGACGACUGACUCUUCUUCUUUUUCAUAUUAAUAAUAGUACUGCAAGCCACUACCACUAUUUAGGGUUUGUAAUUGCUGUUAUUCUAUCUGGUUUAAUUUCAGUUAUGAUACUUAUUGCAGUGAGCAAAAUAUAUUUAAUUUUAU